AAAUUAGUAGAAUAUUUGCUGGACGGAGGAGUAAAAGAAAAUAGCACUCAACCUCUGGUGGCCUCCAUUCACUUUCGCUCUCCUCAACGUUACCUCAAAAGCCACUGCAUCACAGGUCAAUCGCCGCCGCAACACCUCGAGUCUAGCCCGGGUUAAGAAGCAUGAGUUGAUCCAUUUCGAUUGCGAAUAAUCAUACUUGAUUACAUUUCUAUGCUUUUGCACUCCAGAUAUUUGAAGAAAGUAAGUUCAGUUCAUCUUUUUUUUUUAAGAGAAUGCAGAAUAUGAAAGAGGAAGAGGUGAAUUGUUGCCAGAUUCAGGAAUGGUACCCAAACUUCAAAUCUGUAUCAAUCAAGACUUUAAUUCACCAACUACCCGAACCUUUCGUUGAGUACCUUCUUGAUGACUCUGGACCCUUUCUAUUGCCUGCUUCCGUCUUAAACGAAGACGCAUUACCCAAUAGAAUUCGCAAUCCUGACGAUGAAGAAGAUUUUCAGGUGUCAGAGGGAUCUGAUGAUGAAGCAGAAGAAUCUCCUCCGCCGCCUUCUUUUCCAGAACUCGAAUUGAAAGUUAAGGAAUCGAUCGAGUCCCUUGGCGGUGCAGUCUUCCCCAAACUGAAUUGGAGUGCUCCGAAAGAUUCAGCUUGGAUAAGUACUUCUGGUACUCUUCGAUGCACGACUUUCAGUGAAAUUGCGCUUCUGUUCCGAGCUUCUGACUCGUUAGUCCAUGACUUGUGUCAUGCUUAUGAUUCUUGCCAUGAUAAACGUACGUCUCGACCCCAGCAUUUCUUUCUUGCUCUCCGUAAAUGGUAUCCGUCGCUUAAGCCAGACAUGGAGUUUCGUUGUUUUGUACAGAAUCAGAAACUAGUCGGAGUUUCUCAGCGGGAGGUUACUACUUUUUAUCCCGUUCUGCUCGAAAAGAAGAAUGAUAUCAUGUUAGUGAUACACGCAUUUUUCAACAAUCAUGUGAGAGGUAAAUUUGGGUUGGAAAACUACACGUUUGAUGUUUACAUUACGAAUGAUGAGAGAGUUAAGAUUGUGGAUUUCAACCCUUGGGGUGGCUUUACAUUAUCAUUGUUGUUUACAUGGGAUGAAUUAGAGCAUGUCCAUGGUGAAGGAGAUGAUGUGGAGUUUAGAAUUGUGGAAGAUCGAUGCGGUGUUAGGCCGGGCCUGAAAACAGCAGUUCCAUAUGAUUACUUGGAUACCAGUCAAGGGAGUGGUUGGGAUCAAUUUCUAAGGAAUGCUGAUCAAGAGAUGAGAAAUCAACACAGGUCUCCAGAAGCUGGUGCAUGAUAACUUGUUUCUUGCUCUCAAUUCUUAACUAUGAGACUGCAACAGUGUUGUCAAUCACAGAUUGCAAAAAUAGUAAAUUGUUUGAAAUUUUGUUAUGCCGCAGAUGCUAUAGUGCCUGCCAAAACAAUGUCAAAUGUUCAAAUUCUGCUACAUUAUUACUGUGCUUGUUGUAAUAGAGAUAUUUAGUUAUAUAUUAUUUUGGAUUUUUAUUAUUUAAA